GAUAUGUGUGAGCCUGCGUGUGGUUGACUGUUAUUCAACGUUACUAUCAUUUGCACUCAACGGGCUGUAAGGAAUUUUCUUUGAUAAUUCAACUCUGUUAGACCAACCGUCUCCUUCAAGACUAAUGGUGACUGGACCAGAUAGUCUGGGUGUGACUCUGAUGACUCUGCUGAUUCUCCUCCACAGUUUCACCUCUAAGUCUGUGAAGUUUGAGGUUCUGGGUCCAACUGAACCAAUUGUUGCUGUGGCUGGUGAUGACAUAAUUCUGCCCUGUUACCUCAAACCCAACAUCAGUGUUGAGGACAUGACAGUGGACUGGCUGAACCUGGACUACAUGGAUGAACGUGUCUAUCGUUACCAAAAUGGAAGAAUCAUAGAAGUGGAUCAGAUUCCCUCCUACACAGGAAGAACAUCACUGUUUAAAGAGGAACUGUGGAGGGGAAACACCUCUUUAAAACUGACCAGGGUACAAGGCUCUGAUGAAGCACAGUAUAAAUGCUUUAUUAAGUCACAGAACUGGUAUGAUGACAUGAAUAUCAUAGUCCUGGUUAAAGCUGUAGGGUCCAGACCAGUGGUGUCCAUUGAAGGACACAGAGAGGGAGGGAUGGGUCUGGUGUGUCAAUCUGAAGGCUGGCACCCUGAACCUGAUCUGGUGUGGCUGGACAGUAAAGGAGUCAGUCUCUCUGAUGGACCUUCUGAAACACACAGAGACUUAAAGGGAUUCUACACAAUCAAACAACAUGUCAUUGUCCAAGAGACUGACACCAACCUCUUUACCUGUAGAGUCCUACAAAGACAAAUCAAUGAGGAGGUGGAGACAGAGGUUCACAUCCCUAGUGAGUUGUUUGAUUACACAACUCCAUGGAGACGGUCCUUCAUUGUGUCAUGUUGUUUGGGAGUCUUCUCUGUGAUUGGGUUAUCUAUGACUGUCUACUGGAUACAUAAAAAGAAAGUUGAGACCAUUGCUGAGCUCAACAAACAGCAGGAUGACCUCAGGAAGUAUGUUUUUGAUGCCAUCAGAAGACAUGCAGUGGAUGUGACUCUAGACCCUGAUACUGCAUAUCCACAACACAUCCUGUCUGAUGACGGGAAACAAGUGAGACAUGUAGACACAAAUCAGAAUCCCCCUGACAACCCAAAGAGGUUUACAUAUUAUCCCAGUGUCCUGGGUAAGGAGGGCUUCUCCUCAGGGAGUUUCUACUAUGAGGUUCAGGUGAAGGAGAAGACUAGAUGGGUUUUGGGAGUGGCCAGAGAGUCAGUCAACAGGAAGGUGGGGAUUACAGAGAGACCUGAGUAUGGUUACUGGACUGUGUAUCAGUAUGAUGGAGUGUAUUGGGCUCUCACUGCCCCCCCUGUCACCCUCCCCCUGAGAGAGAAGCACCAGAAGGUGGGGGUGUUUGUGGAUUAUGAGGAGGGACAGGUCUCCUUCUUCAAUGUGGAGGCCAGGUGUCACAUCUACUCUUUCACUGGACAAACCUUCACUGAGAAUCUCUAUCCUUACUUCUACACUGGUUUUGAAUCAUCCCCACUGAUCAUCUGUCCUGUAGAUGUCACUGACUGACAGUUUUAAAUCAAUUCAGGAUGGAGAAAUGUUGGCAGGAAUAUGAAUUAUUAUUCCUGCCAACAUUAUUAUUAUGUUUGAUUAUCAAGUAUUGAUCAGAGUGUGUUGGUAUGUAGGCUGUCUGUGUUUCUGACCUGGUGGAGGUAGAGGUGUUCUCCAUGGAGGACAUGAGGAGGUUCAGAGUGUCUGACCUGGUGGAGGUAGAGGUGUUCUCCAUGGAGGACAUGAGGAGGUUCAGGGUGUCUGACCUGGUGGAGGUAGAGGUGUUCUCCAUGGAGGACAUGAGGAGGUUCAGGGUUAUUGAAGUAAUAUGUUCAGAUCAGUGUCAAAACCCUGUGUCUCUGUUAAAGAUUUGAACUUUUCCAUCAAGACACUUCCAAGGCACCCCGAAAUUAAAAAAUGAAGUGUUGAUAUGCUACAACAAGCAUAUGAAGCAAUUGUUGAGAAUUAACAAGGCCUGAAGCCAUUAAGUAAAACCUCCAAAAUGUC